AUGGUUCGUGUAAUAACUCAGGAGACAUAUGACGAAGUUGUUAAGGAGAACAUGGAAGAGUUUGAUAUGAGCCCUGAAGAAGCUGUGAAAGAGGCUGUUGCCCAAUUUGAAGCACAGGGUGUAGAUCUAACAAACAUAAUAAAGGACUUGGCACUUUCAAGUGGAGGCAAUCAUUUGGUAUCGGAAACUGUUGCCAAUCUCAAAAAUUUGUGUUCAUUUAAAAAACAUCAUGUCAAUCAGGUGGUUAAAGAAUUGGAUGUGCUGAAGGCAGAAUGCAGCAAGGAUAUAGCUUAUAGAAUAAGGGCAGGUAAAGAUGGAGCAUACAAGGUUCUGGUAGAUCUACUCUUUAGCAAACAACUGCUUCUACAACUCAGUGAUAGAGAUGUGAAGCUAAUAGUAGCCGCGCUUGACACUUUGACAGCUCUUAUGGAAUUGCAGCCUGAUUUGUUAGAUGAUAGAGGUGUGGAAUUAAUUAAAAAUAUUCUAGACAACGUAGAGAAUGACGAUAUUUUAAUAUCAACUCUGCAAUGGACCACAGCAUGCUGUAUCAAACAUGAAAUGAACAGACAGAAACUCUUUGCUAAGAAUAUUGCUGAAAAUUUAAAACUGCUGCUCAACGUUUGCGGUAAUGAGAAACUACUGAGCGAGACGCUGCAUGUGGUCCGCAAGAUGACGCUGGACGACGACGUGCGCAUGGAGUUCGGCAAAGCGCACGAACACGCGCGAGAGCUCGGCGCGCAGAUGCUCGACCCCCUCACCAACCUUUUGAAAGAGCACACCAAACCCCCCCUAGUGUCGGAGCUGAUGCUGACCAUCGCCACGUUGCUGGUGCGCCACGAGCUGUGCAAGAUGGUGGCUGACAGCGGGGUCGGUUCCAUCUUCACGGCGCUCGCCGACAACUACGACAACGUGGCUGUUGUACAACAGGCUAAUAAAUUGUAA